AGCAGCCAUGAACGGCACAGAGGGCCCCAACUUCUACGUGCCCUUCUCCAACGCCACAGGUGUGGUGCGCAGCCCCUUCGAGUACCCGCAGUACUACCUGGCUGAGCCCUGGCAGUUCUCUAUGCUGGCCGCCUACAUGUUCCUGCUCAUCGUGCUGGGCUUCCCCAUCAACUUCCUCACGCUCUAUGUCACUGUGCAACACAAGAAGCUGCGCACACCGCUCAACUACGUCCUGCUCAACCUGGCUGUGGCUGACCUCUUCAUGGUCUUCGGUGGCUUCACUACCACUCUCUACACCUCCCUGCAUGGAUACUUCGUCUUCGGGCCCGCAGGCUGCAACAUGGAGGGCUUUUUCGCCACUCUGGGUGGUGAAAUCGCCCUGUGGUCCCUGGUGGUGCUGGCCAUUGAGCGCUACGUGGUUGUGUGCAAGCCCAUGAGUAACUUCCGCUUUGGCGAGAACCAUGCCAUCAUGGGUGUUAUCUUCACCUGGGUCAUGGCAUUGGCCUGCGCUGUACCACCCCUUGCUGGCUGGUCCAGGUAUAUCCCUGAAGGCAUGCAGUGCUCGUGUGGGAUUGACUACUACACACUCUCGCCUGAGGUCAACAAUGAGUCCUUCGUCAUCUACAUGUUCGUGGUCCACUUCACUACCCCCAUGAUUGUCAUCUUCUUCUGCUAUGGGCAGCUGGUCUUCACUGUCAAAGAGGCAGCUGCACAGCAGCAGGAGUCAGCUACCACCCAAAAGGCAGAGAAGGAGGUCACCCGCAUGGUCAUCAUCAUGGUCAUCGCCUUCCUGAUCUGCUGGGUACCCUAUGCCAGUGUGGCCAUGUACAUCUUCACCCACCAGGGCUCCAACUUUGGCCCCAUCUUCAUGACCAUCCCAGCAUUCUUUGCCAAGAGCUCCUCCAUCUACAACCCUGUCAUCUAUAUCAUGAUGAACAAGCAGUUCCGGAACUGCAUGCUCACUACCAUCUGCUGUGGCAAGAACCCACUGGGUGACGAUGAAGCCUCCACCACCGCCUCCAAGACUGAGACCAGCCAGGUGGCCCCAGCCUAAGCCCUACUGGGACCCCUGCAGCCAACUGUAGGACCCCCCACUCCCACAGCCACCCCACCA